AUGGCAACUAUCAGCGAUGGCAAAGGAAGUAGCCGUGGCUCGAGUGCCCCAGACCGCCCUCGGUCGUCCACUGCAGGGGUAGAUGGGACUUUCCCGUUGUCUGGGGGACAAUCUAAUGCCAGCAAUCCAAAUUUCACCAUGCCACGCAUGCAACCUCCCGCGGCGGCUUAUCCUGGGUAUACGUCAUGGGUAGCAGCACCUCCCCUCCUACCGGUACUAGAACCUGCGAUGCCAUCAGCAGCAGCAACGGCUUGGAAUUCCUGGCAAAUCCAGAUGACACGACAGGCUCAGGCGAUCCAUCAGAUACAACAACAAGUGGCAGAGCUGCAACAACAAAUAUUAGAGCGCCAACAGAUACCGAUAAAUCAGCAAGGGAUCAGUCGCCAACAGCAGCAGAAUCAGCGGCAGAGCAAUGCUGCACCACUCAUUCAGGCGCAUGGAAUGCCUUUAGCAGCAGCAGCAGAAGCGGGGUAUAUGUAUCCUCCGGCUCCAUAUUUUCCUGCGGAUCCAAUGAUGUGUCCUAUGAUGCCCCCUGCAGGAAUGAUGAAUCCUCCAGCUUAUCCCCCUCAUCAGCAGAUGAUGAUGAUGCCACCCCCCAACAUGAACAUGAAUUUAUUUGGUCCUCCACCACAGAACUUGCCUGUGCUACCUCCCCAGCACGUUCCUUCUUCUCGAAGCCAGAAACCUCCUCCAGCCGCUUCCAAGCCUCCUUCUCAUAAGAAACCACCACCACCUCCUUCUCCUACUCCUCCUCGCAACGCACCAAACAAGAAGUUGCUGCCAAGAAGCAAACUAUUGCGACCGUGGAGAAGAAGAAGAAAAUAG